AAAUCUCCAAAAUUAUGAAGCAGCAGCUGCUGGACGAGGAGUUCGAGAAUCUGCGUCGCGUAGCGCUGGCCAUAUGCCAGAAUCUCGGGAGACCGAAAGAUCGGGAGAUAUGUCGAAGCACUCUGGAAGAUCUGGCCAAGUUCCGCCAGGGGUCGUCGAUCAGGAUUAAAGAGAACGUGCAUAAGUUCCUGAUGUUCUAUCUAAAAGUCCUGAGAUGGUCGUACAAGAAUCAGCCAACGGAUUUAUAUCGCAAAUGGUAUGGACCAAACUUUGGCAAGGACCCAAAGUCUGCCUCAUCGACCGCCAACUCCGAGGAUGAGCAGCGUGUUUGGUUGGAGGAGGGCAAGUCCUUUUACGCCAUGAAAACAUUUGAAGAUGGCUCCACCGUUGUUUAUUCAGCGGUGGUCAAGGACCCAAAAGCUGGUUGGUCGGAAAAUGGUCUGAAAACUCUGAUGGAAACGCAAGUGGGCUGCGCUUUGAAUAUAAAUGAAAAUUGACUUGUUUAAUACUCUUAAUAUAGGAUAUAUUUUCAUAUUAGAUGCUUAACUCGA